AUGGUUGAACCAUUCAAUGACUUGCCGAGGAUCCUGCCAAAGUCUUGCUCUGCGAUGCUCGUCGCCAAGUAUGGUGACGGGCAGUUGGAAGGGCAAAUACGCGAUUUCCUCGGAGAGAAGAGCAAGGACGAGCGCGUGCGCACAGGGAUCGCUCGCCUUGUUGAUCUGGCCUACGCACUAGCGCAGGCCCUCGACACCGCACGUAUUAUGUUUCUGGUCCUUAUAGAAGUGCGCUCUCUCGAGGAUACCGAUCCCAGUGACAGUCGGCUUCGGGAUGUCAAACAUACAGUCCUCGAGGUGUUUCGAGAAGUCAUGGCAGGCUUAGCCCCGGAAGAUAACGACGAGAUUCGAAACGCUGCUUGGGGUAGCGCUCUACAGCACUUCACCGAAGAUGUAGUCCUCUAUCGGGGCGAGAUUGGUAAGCACACAUGGUGGAAAGACUUGGAGGUGCCCCCGUCAGCCAAGCCCCCAAUUCCCCCCCUCAAUUCUGGGUCCGAAGACGUCUCUGUGCAGAAAGCCGAUGCUGCGCAAUCAGUUCCUCCCGCAACUACGGUUGCGCCACCGGUCGGUGUGGCCAACGAGAAGUCUUCCGGUGUACAAUUGCCGGAUCUCAACAACGUCCCGCCUCCCAGCGCACCCUUACCCGCGGUUGAGGAAACGUCGAAUGCUUUGUCGGUCAACGCCCCUAGUCCUCCAAGCGCUACGGGGGAAACGGGAAGAACUGCCCUAGCGCCUCUCAGGACACCGGCGUUGGAUUCGCCAACCCCUGAGGAAUCUAGCUUCUAUAGGGCCAUGGCCGCCGUCGCAGCAGCAGCAGAAUCAGCAACAACGUCUGAAGCUCGGCCGUCACCCCCUCCGUUUGAUGCAGCGGCCACGACGGCUCAGAAUACUGCGAACACCCCGCUUGGCAGCGGAGAACAAGCCGUACCCGGGGCCGUGCACCCUGGCGUCGCCAAGUCCCCUAUAGCAUCUACGAUCACACCCGUUGCCCAAGUUCAUCAGGAUAGACAGCCCGCGUUUCAAGAUAUCCCCAACGCUUCUCGGGGCUACGAGGAUGCGAUCAAUCACCAUAUGGAAGUAUCGGGCAAUGCCGCAGAGGUCAAGCCCGGAAUGCCACCGCGCGACACCGUUGAUACACCCGCAUCCGAUCAUGAAGGCGUGGAUCACGACGAUGAACAUGAAGAGGAAAGUUCGUCGUCCGAUAAAUGGAAGAUACGGGGGUUAUGUUCCUUUACUGCAUACGAUCCCGAAGCGGCUUUGCGCGCCUUGCCGCCUGGUCAAUUCAUGGACGACCUUCACCUGAGCGCCUUUCCCGAAUUUAGCGGUAUCCGGCGUGAAUGGUCCGCUCAUUAUCGAGUCGCGUGCGAGAAUUGUACUGUCAAGUUGUCCAAAUGCAUGUUCAUGCCACCGAAGUCGUGGGAUGGCAAAUAUAUAUCCAGAGCAUGUGGGUGCUGCGCACGGUUCCAAAAGCGGUGUUCAGGAAAAAGCCGCGUCUCUCCGGAACAACUUAGAGAGGAGAUUAUUUUCGAUAUUCCUGAUAACGAGCUCCCUGAUGGUUUCGUGAGGGAGGGAGAUCCUCCCCCGCCGAAUAUGGCCGUCCGGAUCGCGUUCAUCGAGAAGCAGAUCGAGGACGGCCAUUACCCUCGCUGGCCGGUGUAUCUCGAACCCAGUGGCUGGUUCAUCAAAGGCAUCCGCGCACCCAAGUUUGAUCCAAGCACUCUCCAUCAAGCCCAGCUAUACACGGAGACUGAUUAUCCGUUCUUAACUCAGACUCGCAACACAAGCAGGAAGCGGAAGCGGAAGGUUGGACAAGGUUCACCAAGCGAUGAUGAGGCAGGGCCUGUAAAACGUCCAAAGCCAGAUGGUCGAACGUCGGGCAGCGUUGCUACUAAAGGUUACCCAACAAAGCGACCUCCCAACGCCGUGUCCCGAAAGGCCUUUAUCGCUCAACUCGAGAAUGCCCUUCGAACGACGAUGAUGCAGAUGAUUCUGGAUGGUGUGACGUCGUUCCAACAGCACUCCUCAAGUGGAGGUCAUCCGAAGGACCUGGCGUCUUUGCGCAGAGUUCAAUUCAAGCGUGACUCCUGA